AUAAGAUCCAACGAUUUUGGACGCAAUAUGUAAACCAAAGAUUGAGCUUUAAUAGAUACAGCCCCGCAUCGCAGUUGUUGUCAGUUUCAUUAUAUAGAAGAAUUUGAUUCCCAGCACCACAUGCACCAGUUCAUGCAUGUCCCCAGGAGCCAUCUCUCUCUGUUCGUCUCAAAACUCCUUAAAUUCACUCCCCUUCAACUCAUACAUGCACUUCUCCUCCAGAUUCCAUGAUGAUGAGCAAUUAUGGAGGCCAACGACUUCUAGUGGUCGACUGUUGCUAUUGCCAAACCCAAAUCCAGCUGCCUUCUGUGAGUCCGAUAUACAUCGUCGGCACAUCCGUCCGCUGCGGCCGCUGCUAUGCCAGUACCCGCGUCGCCUCUCCGGGCUUCCCCCGCUCCCCCCAUAGUGCCGUACCCUACUAUGCCCUUAUAAACCCACCACCACAUGCCUGCUUCCCCCAUACAUCACCAGGACCUCCGCCGAACGUGCAUGGGCGGAAGAAGGCGGUCAUCUGCGGGAUAUCGUAUAGAAACUCGAGGGAUGAGCUCAAUUGUUGCAUCAAUGACGCCAAAUGCAUGCGGUAUCUCCUCAUCACCAAGUUCAAGUUUCCAGAAGAUUCCAUUCUCAUGCUCACUGAAGAAGAAACUCACCCACAUAAGAUUCCAUAUAAAAACAACAUUAGAAGGGCAUUAUGUUGGCUUGUACAAGGAUGUCAAUCGGGGGACUCCCUUCUGUUUUACUUCUCCGGUCAUGGUUCACGGCAGAGGAAUUAUGAUGGUGAUGAAGUUGAUGGAUAUGAUGAAACCCUUUGUCCCCUUGACUUUGAAACCCAGGGUAUGAUUGUUGAUGAUGAGAUAAAUGCAGCAAUUGUUAGGCCCAUUCCCCAUGGGGUCAAGCUUCAUGCAAUUAUAGAUUCUUGUCAUAGUGGCACCAUACUGGAUUUGCCAUGCCUUUGCAGAAUGGACAGGGGUGGAAAAUAUGUAUGGGAGGAUCAUCGACCUCCAUCAGGCGUAUGGAAAGGAACAAGUGGUGGACAAGUUAUAUCUAUCAGCGGUUGUGAUGACCAUCAAACCUCUGCAGAGACAUCAAUCACAUCAACAGGUGCCAUGACUUUCUCUUUCAUCCAAGCAAUCGAGCGUGGACAGGCAGCCACAUAUGGGAGCUUACUCAUAUCUAUGAGUAAUACCAUUCGAAGUAUGGGUUCUGGUGGUGGUGGUGGUGGUACAUCUCUUGCCGGCAUGCUUCUAACAGGCGGAAGUGUUGGUGGUGGUAGGCUAAGACAGAAGCCUCAAUUAACUGGCUGCGAGCUGUUCGAUGUGUACACGAAACCUUUUGCCCUAUGAUCUUUUAUCUGUUAACACAGAUCAACACUUCAUGAUUAUAUCUCUCAAUGUAUUUUAGGCUUUAAAUAAUUGUGAAACUACUUGGUGAGUAAUAAAUUUA